ACUCUUGAAGCUCAAUGGGAUGAUAAACAAAAAACUCUUGAUUCCUUAUCUUCACAAUUAGAUUUUCUCAAGAAAAGAGAAGUUGAACUUAACGAGAAAAACUCUCUAAUUGAAUCCCUAAAUAUACGCCUGGACACUUCUCAAAAAGUCAUUGCUGAGUUAAGGGAAAAACACGCACCACAUGAUCUAUUAAGGCAACUUCGCCAAAAGGAUUAUAUAAUUGAUAACCUUACUCAACGAGUUGAAAACAUUGAUGCCGAUAUGAAAGAUAAGGAGGACCAAAUUGAAGCUCUUGCUACAUGCCUUGCUGAAGAAAAGAAGCAAACAGAACAAUUCGAAGAAGAACUUGCUCAAAUUGAUCCUUUAAAACAGCGUGUUGAAGAGAUGGAAGAUAUUAAUAAUGAUCUUCGACAACAAAUUACUCAAAAGGAAAAGAUUCUUCUUGAUCUCGAGUGUAAAUAUAAGGAAGCAUUAAAAAAUUCUUGUGAUAACUCUGAUAAACUUAAAGUUCAAGAGCAAAAUAUAAAUGCCCUUCGUCAAGAAGUCGUUCAGCUUAAGCAAGCUAUGACCGUUAAAGUCUCUGAAGUACGUGAUAAAGAUCGGCAUAUUGUAUCUCUUGAGAAUGAAACCGCCCAUAUGCGAUCAAAUUAUCAAAGACUUAUAAAUGCGCUCACCGAGAAAGAUCAACGAAUUUCAUAUUUCGAGAAUCUUCAGAAUGCAGCCAAGUCUGAAUCACAAGAAAAGGAAUCGAAGAUUAAUAAAAAUGAAGUUCGGUUAAAUGCUUUACAAAAAGUUUUGAACAAUAAGAUCGAGUCCUGCAGAGAUUAUGAAAAAAAGAUUGAGGUUCUACAGAAGGAUCUUGAUAGUUUAAGAAAGCAAAUUGAUGAAUCAACCGCAUCUAGUUCUGAAAAGGAGAUUAAAAUUACUAAACUCGUCAAAAUGAACCGACAACUUAAAGAUGAAGUAGCCGAUCUUAAAGAAAAAAUGGAAGCAAAGGAACAGGAACUAAUUACGAUUAAGUCUCGUAUUCCUCAGCCUGUUACUACUGCAAAAUCUACGGCCUCUGUCAGAUCAUCAUCCUCUUCAAAAGCUCCUAAAACUAGGGUGUCUUCCAUGUACAGCGCAAGUGGGGGUGAAAGCAGCAGUGAUGAAACGGCGAAUGGAUCCCGUAUACGAAAACAUUCCAGUCUUAGUGGCAUUGACAGUCCAGCAUUAAAGAAAAAGACUACACUUGACCCAUCAAGACGACUUUCGGAUAUUUCUCGUACUACUAUGACCAGAACAAGAUCUUCUCCUACAACUUCAACUGUCAACAGUGUUCGAAGGAACAAUCUCACAACACUUCCAAAAUCUAGAACGCCUACUCCCAACACUGUUGAUGUUCUCAAAAAGAAGCGUGACGCGACCAUCACACCUAAGAAAGAACCUAGCCCCAUUAAUCGAUCUGCAGUUAACCAACGUAAACGCGAUAUGGUUGUCUUGAAUCAUAUGUUGAGUGGUGUUGCACCCCAAAAAAGACCCAGUGCCGACAAUAAUGCGGAAAAGAAAGUAUCUAGUGAUAGUGAAACAAAAACUGGACCAGCAAAGAAACGAUCUAGUGAUUUGGCCACCAUCAUGGAAAAGAUUCGCGACGAUUCUUCUAAAAAAGUAACCAGAGCAAAAGUGACCAGACCUACUAUAGAUACAAAAACUCCCAAAUCUCCAGUUAUGGCUAGAACUCCUCUGACCAGACCCCUUCCAUCAAAAAAAUAA